UAGAAUAUCGUUUGUGAACCAGAAAGCCUGGUGGGAACUGAGCCAUCUCGUGUGCAGCCAUUGUUUACCAGGUUGAUUACGUUGUAUGUGAUCUAAGUUUGAGAUCGUCAGUGUCAAACCAUGGCCGGGAAACCUCUGCUUGUCAGUGACGACUACCAUUCAUCGUUUGAACCCGAGACAUAUUUGAGCGCCUACUACAGUGACCCCUCCCCUAACCCAGUAGUGGGCGACAUGAUGAUCUUCGGCCUGACCCAGUUUCAAGAGGCAUUUGCGUCGGGACACAUCAAAGGGAGACUGCUAGAUUUUGGUACGGGACCCACGAUACACACAAUCAUCAGCGCGUCGCUACAUUGUGAAAGUAUCCUGCUGGCGGAGUUCUUACCGCAAAACAGAAACAUCCUGAAACAAUGGCAGAGUGGAGAACUGAAACAUAGUUUUGCCAAAUAUCUGGAUUAUGUUCUCAAGCUGGAAGGGAAAGGGGACUCUGUGGCCGAUAGAGAAGCUCACAUGAGGGGGAAAGUGUCUGGCAUAAUACCGUGUGACAUCCGAAAAGAGAACAUCUUUGCCCCAUGCUUCAUCUCCUCUGUUGAUGUCAUCACAUCCUCCCUGUGCUUGGAAUCAGUGGCUCUGAGUAUUGCAGACUACGAAUGUCAAGCAGCACGACUUGCUUCUGUCCUGAGACCUGGGGGACACCUUGUUCUCUUCGGCUGUGUUGGGGGAUCUUUCUAUACAGUUGGUAGCAACCGCUUCUCUAGCUUCGGUAUGACCAGCUCAGAGCUACAGGCAGCCUGGACAAAAGCUGGUAUGGAGAUCAUAACCUGGAAGGAAGGUCGUCGUCCAAAUCCAGAACAGAAGGAGGUGUCUGAUAUUGAUGGAUUCUUCACUUUGGUUGCAAGGAAGGAGUAAUCGUAAAAACAGAAGUUAUUAGAUUACCAGAUGAUAGUUAUGAAGACGUCCAUUUUAACCAGAAAAUGUACGAUAUACUAUUUUGUCUUCAUUAAGAAAGAGUUUAAAAACAAAGUACCAUCCGUCUAUUUCAACAUAACGUGUACACUGUUCUGACAGUUUUCAACAGGAUUUUCUUGUGUCCAUUGUCAAUCAUGUUUUGUAUCAUACUGAGACACUGUCAGUGCCGGAUUGUUCAAGGUAAUAAAUUUGGACUCAAAUACAAUGAGUCAGUUUUCAGAAUUUUUUGAUAGAACCAGAUGACCGAGCCUAUCCCCAUUUUCAAAUAAAAUGUUAAUAGGUGUAAGAGCA